AUGUACACAUGUUGGAGAUUGAUUGCUAAUAUGUUGGAGAAUUAUAUUACCAUUUUGGGGACUGAUGUUAACAUUCUGGAGACUGUUGUUAACAUGCUGGAGAAUGAUGUUCGUAUACUGGAGAUCAAUUUGUCUUGUGCUUUGCCAUUGCCACCUGCUCCUAUCCCUCUUGCUAAAAAGGUUGCAGCAGAGUUUAUAGGCACAUUCAUUCUAAUGUUUGCUGGAAUGGGAAGUGCAAUAGAGAACGAAAAGGUUGAAAAUUCAGAGACACUAAUUGGAUGUGCUGGAGCUAGUGGACUUGCUGUUAUGAUCAUAAUUCUAUCAACUGGUCAUAUCUCUGGUGCUCAUCUCAAUCCUGCUGUUACCAUCUCAUUUGCUGCAUUGAAGCAUUUUCCUUGAAAGAAUGUACCUGUGUAUAUUGGUCCACAAAUAUUGGCAUGAAUAUGUGUUGCAUUUUCUCUGAAAGUGAUUUUUCAUCCAUUCAUGAAUGGUGGAGUGACGGUUCCUUCGGUAGCAAUUGGUGAAGCUUUUGCAUUAGAAUUCAUUAUUGGCUUUAAUCUCAUGUUUGUUGUCACUGAUGUUGCCACCGACACAAGAGCUAUGGGAGAAUUUGCGGGAAUCGCGGCGGGAGCCACCGUCAAGCUCAACAUACUCAUAGCCGGGCCUGGAACUGGAGGUUCAAUGAAUCCAGUAAGAGCAUUGGGCCCAGCUAUUGUUGCAAACAACUUGAGAGACAUAUGGUUAUAUCUCAUAGCUCCUAUUCUUAUUAAUUGUUGUGUUGAAAAUGCAUACUAUAUAAUCCUAUAA